AAAUAAUUUUAAAAAUAUAUUGAAAUCACUAAAUUUAGUGAUAUGGCGCUGUUAAUCUACUAAUCGAUCGAAAAGUUUUAUCAAAGUUGACACUCUGCAGUUGCUUCUGUGCGAAUUGUUCUGUGUUCGUGAGAGAACAUUUUCUUUCAACUAAUUGUUAACUGUAAUUUGAAAAAUGGCAUGGUUAUGUAGUCGUAUUGUUUUCCACAAAUAUCGACGAACAUUUUCUUGCAAUGCUGUUAAAUUCUCAAAAAGAAAAACUUUUCCUGAUCCAUUGGAACUUGCUACAGGAUUGGAAAAACGUGAAUUACUUGCUGCAGCAGCUGGUAAUUUUGAUCCAUAUCACAUGAAAGCUAUAGAAAUAUCACGUGAUAGCACAAAAGAUUGCCCAAAUUUAGUACCAAGUGCAUUCAAAAGUCGCAUUGUUGGUUGCAUUUGUGAACCAGAUACUUCACAUGUAAAUUGGAUGUGGUUACAUGAUGGCCAACCACGUCGAUGUGAAUGUGGACAUUGGUUUAAACUUACUCAAGUUGCACCACUUUAAUUUAAUGUCAUUUCUUGUUAAUUAGUCAUUUGUUUAAAACAUAGAAUUAAUGUUGUAUAAAAUAUUAAAAAUUGUUUUUAUUUAUUA